GAUGUGUUCUUGAUAUGCUUCUCCCUGGUCAGUCCGGCCUCCUUUGAGAACGUCCGAGCUAAGUGGUACCCUGAGGUGAGACACCAUUGCCCCAAUACACCCAUCAUCCUGGUGGGAACAAAGCUGGAUUUACGAGAUGACAAGGACACCAUCGAAAGGCUGCGCGACAAGAAGCUCUCCCCCAUCACCUAUCCUCAGGGUCUGGCCAUGGCGAGAGAGAUCGGUGCUGUCAAGUACCUGGAGUGCUCUGCGCUGACCCAGCGAGGCCUGAAGACGGUUUUCGACGAGGCCAUCCGAGCCGUGCUCUGCCCUCCACCCGUGAAGAAGAGAGGGAAGAGAUGCACCAUGUUUUGAGACACAAACACUGCACUAACAGUACACUGCAUCACCACAAACAAUAGCCACUACUGCUCUGAGAGGUAGAUAGUGACAGCCGGUGUGCAACUCUGUAAUUACUUUCUUUAAAUUGAUGGGAUUUCUUUUUCAGAACUUGUAUUGGUAACAAGUCCAAUAUUUAACAAACUUUUAAUGUUAUUGAACAAGAUACUAGGUUUUAUGUAAAAGACACUGACUGUCCAACUACUUUGUACUCGUUAAAGCAGAUGUCAGCCAGGAUUAUAAAGGUCUCUAGAAAUCAUCUCCAUGAUGCAAAUCCUCCACUUUUCAGCCUCGUUUGCUUUGAUGAGUGGAAUAGUGACCAGGUAGAAGAAGAACUGUGAAAACACCUUUAGGUCUGAAGUUACCCUCAGCUUCUUACGUACGUUCGGCAUGUUGGUGUCUGAUGCAUCUAGUCGGCUUGCGGGUUCACUCACGAGUCUGCUCGUUGUUCGGAUUCGAACAAAGCGGUGUGGCGCUGUCCUGGAAGCUUGACCGUGAAUGACGAACAGAAACGACUGCUGGUUCAUCACCUCAGCCUUUACUCGCGUUUGCACACCGCUGUUAACUCUCGCAGGACUGAGACGGUUUAUUUCAGUGGAGCUUUUAGGAUCGGAGGUGUAACUUUGGCCUGCAGUUUAUUUGUUUUCUCACACUUUGUCUUGUCUUUUGCUUCGUUAUUAAAUUUUUUAUUAGUGUAAAGGAUCGGUCGAGAAUACUUAAUAUCGUCUUGAUUAGAAGAUCCAAAAUCUAGAGGUUUGAAAGCCAGCCUGGCCUCUUCGUAAGUGCUUGCUGUAAUGUGGCAGAAGGUAAACCUCGCAGUAGUACUCCGUACCAAAUCAGUGUUAGCGACGUUGGUGUGAGAUAUCUAAUGCUGUUCUUUUUCAGUUUGUGCUUUUCUGCACCUGGCUAGCAGCCGGUCUUUGUCAGAGGUCUUUGGGUAACUUCACGGGACCGUGGACGCGUCAGAUGAGCAUGCCAAACACCACGGUGUUAAAACCCUCGCUGCCUGAACGCUCCCUUCAACAAAACAAGCCUGCAUGGGUCAUCAGAUGAGCUGUUCUGUUUUAUGCCAACGUUUAGGUCUAGUCUGUUGCUCCGUGUACGUACGUGCAUGCGUGUGUGAGUCACAGGCACGUACAUAAAUGCAGGUGUACAUGGUAUUUUUGGACCUUUUGGGUUGAUGAUAAACAAAGAUAUUGUUUUAAGCCAAGUUUCCUACUAUCCAUUUUUUGGUACUAUUUCAUAUUGUGGUAUUACUGCAGCAAAAAACAUUUUCAAAACUAUGUAGACGUUCUAAACAACUACGACUAACAUCUUGUGAUGCUUAGAAAAAGAAUACUUUGUGUUCUCAAACUAAAACCAUUCAGCGGUCCUAGUUACUCAUGUUAAAGUUAGUGGUGUUGCCAACAUUGUAUAGCAUGUCAUGUGGCGAGCAGUGCAGCUUGCUUUUUGCUGGAAAGCCUUUCUGUGUGACCGCGGGACGGUGGGGACUCACCCUGCAGCGCCCUCUGGCUGCCUCUGGUCGACGGUGUCCCGUCGUGCGGUCCUGCCUAGCUAAGAUGUCGACAUGCAGCUGAAAAGUUGCAAAAGAAAAUAUUGCAUGGAAGUUCUCUGAUUAUUUGAUCCCCUGUAUUUCUAAGCAGUUGUACAUUGAAAUGCCUCGACCAUGUACGUAUGUAAUGUAACUUGUUUACGUGUUCCAGCUGUUUUUUUGUUUUUUAUCCCUUCAUGUAUGUGUGGUAAAAAAGGUUCAAUUUUCUAUACGAAAUCCAGAUGAGGUAACUAUCUCCAUGUUGUGAUUUACUUUCGUCGUAUCCGACCUGCAAACACGUCAGAAGUUGAUUGCAGAUGUUGUAAUGGUCUGAAGGUAACCUGAAGCAGCCCUUGGGGGUGACCCUGUGCAGCCCUCCACUCUAAUUCAAGAAUAAUAAAACGUGUUUCUCUCUCACAGGCUGUUCAUGCAGAUGGAAACGUAACAACAUUUGUAUGUUCCAGUAAAUAAAAGCUUUUAAUGUGAAA